AUGAUUAACAAGGGGUGUAUCUACCAUUUGCUCCGGGCUACGGACACCGAUGUUGAGGCACCUACACUUGAGUCUGUGCCAGUUGUGAAUGAAUUUUCAGAUGUCUUUCCAGAUGAGCUCCAUGGGAUCCCACCGGACAGGGAGAUUGAUUUUGGGAUUGAUGUGAUGUCAGGAAUUAAGGUUGACACUCAGAAGAUUUGGCCUAGGCCCACAACUCCAACAGAGAUUCGCAGUUACCUAGGCUUAACGGGGUAUUACAGAAAGUUUGUGAAGGGGUUCUCUACCCUUGCUUUUCCGUUGACUAAAUUGAUGCAGAAGGUGAGUAAGUUUCAAUGGUCUGAUGCUUGUGAAAAGAGCUUCCAGGAGCUGAAAUCAAGAUUGACUAUGACGCCGGUGUUGACCCUACCAGAGGGUACAAUUGGGUUUGUGGUGUAUUGUGAUGCUUCAAGGAUCGAGCUUGGGUAUGUAUUGAUGCAACAUGCCAAGGUGAUAGCUUAUGCUUCUAGGCAACUCAGGAAUAAUGAAAAUAACUAUUCAACACAUGACUUAGAACUUGCAGUAGUGGCCAAUGUUGUAGCGGACGCUCUUAGCCGGAAAUCUAUGGGUAGUUUGGCUCACUUGGAGGCAUAUCAAAGGCCGUUGGCCAAGGAGGUUCAUCGGUUGGCUAGUUUGGGAGUUCAUCUCGCGGACUCUAGUGAAGGAGAGGUGAUUGUGCAAAAUAGGGCUGAAUCAUCGCUCAUGGUGGAGGUCAAAGAGAGAUGGUACACUAAGGUGAAUCUUAGUACAGACUUUCAUCUACAAAUCGAUGGGCAGGCAGAGCGGACUAUUCAGAUGCUUGAGGAUGUGUUGUACGCUUGUGUUCUUGAUUUCAAGGGAUUUCGUGGUGCCGAGGAUGACUUACGUGUUCAUGAUUGUAGAGAUUCUACGGGGCGAGCUUGCGAGUUGCGGUAUGGACUUUUAGGGUUGAACAGUGCACUGGGGAGUAAAGGAAAAUUUUUGGUAGAAAAAGGCAUUUCUGCGGUCCACUAUGCGGCCGCAGAAUCACUCUGUGGGCGGCAAAAUGGCCGGAGAGUGAGGGGUGCUGCAUCUUUAAUGGAUGCAGGUGGUUCGACAACGGAAGGUAUUGACCAGUGA